AUGUGGCCAUGGCUGGCCGAUCGCGGCGCCAGCCUUGCUCUCGGCUACCUCGGGCGGUGCCCCGCGGCGCCGAGCUGCCCGCCCUGCCCGAGCUGUAACUUCGCCUGCGCGCACGUUGUGUGCCCGGCCGCGCCGCCGUGCCCGGCCUGCCCCGCGGGGGCCUUCCCGGCGGCCGCGCCUCAUGAGGUGCCGGCCGCCCCGCGGGGCCCACAGGCGCCGCCUGCCGGGCCGUGCCCGGAGCCAGCGCCCUGUGCGGGCGGGACUGGAGGCUGGUGGAUAUUCCUGCUCGGCCUCCUCGCGGGCGUGCUCCUCAGCGCGCUGGUCCGAGCCGCCUGGCGAGCGGCGGUGGCCUCCGCCCGGGUCUUCGUGGCUCCCCGAGCGCGUCCAGCUGACGCGCCGGCCCUGGCGGACGAGCAGCCUGCCGCCGCAGCCGCCCCUGGCGGGCUCUCGGAGGCAACGCCAUCAUCGCUGAGGAGACGGCAUGGCGGCAUGGCGGCCCGCACGCUUGACAUGCCAGAACGACAGAUCUUGGUUGAUUUCUUCGACGACCCCAUCCUGGCCACGCCGAAUCCUGGACAGUGGAUAUGCUCGACGCCAGACCUGAGCAUUCAGAUCAUCGGCGUCACGACUCACAGGGUGAUCCCUCUCACGCGGGACUCAGAGUUCCCUCGGCGGGUCAGGGGCGAGGUCUACGCUUUCGACCCUCUGACCCCAGAGGAGCUCCAGCAGGUCCGCCGGGAAGCCAAGGAGCUGCUGGCCGUCUACGGGCUCACGGGGGCCGCGGACGCGCAGCCAGAGGGUGGGCGGUGGCUGAUCGCCGACCCCGCUCACCCGGGCUUCGGUGAUGCGCUCCCUGCUGCGGCCCUCGCCGACGGGGACAGCCUCAUCAUCCGAGGCGAUCGGGGUCUCGCCUGCGUGGACGAGGAUUGGCUCGCCGUCGAGAGGGUGCUGGACGAGGACCUAGACAACUGGCGGCUCCUCAAGUCGACUGGCGCGGGCCGCGACAGGCGGAUCCUUGGCGACGAGCGCGUCAACGGGGUGCCUGUGCUCUCUCUGACCGCCGCGGCGCGGGCCAGCAGCAAGGCCCUGCGGCCUGGCUGGCCUUUCCGCGGCGACGCCUGCGCCCCGGAGCUGGUCAUGGCGCUCGUCGCUGCUGGGAUCAUCUUCAUCGCGCACCACCUGGACUGGAGGACGAAGUCGGGGGUCAGUACCACGUCGGGCGUCUGCAGGACGCACCGCCGCAUCUGCGAGGGCCUCGACCAGGCCAUCUGCUACGACCAGCUCGACUUCGCCAACUGCGCGGUCAUCGAACACCUUGCCCGCUGGCUCUACGAGGUCGAGUCUGCGGUCAGAAGGAAUCCGAAGGUGCCGGACUUCACGAACCUGGGCGGCAUCUUCGCGGCUCCAAUGGCCGAGGACGGGCGGACGCAGUUGCCGACCCUCUCCAAGUGGGUCUCCUCGCUCCGCCGCGACGAAGCUCAGAUCAUGAAGCAGGAGCGGCUCUGGAGCGAGGAGCGCGGGAUCGACCACACCAAGCACAAGGGCAAGGGCGGCAAGGGGCCAGGCCGCGGCGGCGGCAAGGGCCCCAACCCCUCGGCCGACUUGGCGUCCGACGAUGCCGGCGACGGCCCUCGACCUGAUCCGGCCAAGGACUACCGCACCAUCCAGGGUCACAGUCACGGAGACCCCUUCCCCCUCCCGCUGUCUGGGGAGGCGCAGCGCUCGAUCAUCUCGCGCGUCGGCCGGCGCAUCGAGAACUACGGAGAACGGCCCGACAUCCUGCCCGCCACCGCCUACGCCGACCUCAUCAAGAGUCACGACCUGUACUCGGGGCAGCCGAUGAACCUGAAGCCGUAUGACCCCGACCUCCUCAAUGCACUCCAUCGCGACCGUCGCCCUCAGGAGCUUCGCGGUUGCCUGGGGUCUGAGGGUCGCAGGUACCUGGACAACGCCGACGAGCUCAUCUUCAGGACUGAGGCCGAGCUGGACGCCCUCCAGGAGAGCGAGCUGAUCCAGGCCAUCACGCCGCCCUGGGACCCGAUCCUCAAGAACAACCGCCGGGCCAGGAUCGGUUUCAUCAAGCGCCCCGCCUCCGUGGGCCUCGUCGGGUUCAGGCUCUUCGUCCGCGGCCGCAUCGGCGCCUUCUGCGUGAGCAAGAAGGCCUUGCGGUCUCAGGGCGUCGACCCCGUGGCGGCCGACAUCCACGCGGCUGGCCUGGACCUCAAUGACGGGUUCUACCAGUUCGCGAACGACGAUCUCGCGGACUGGUUCGGGUUCAACUACCCGGAGGCCGCGUCCGACUUCGGCGACCCGCUGGUGCACAUCCCCGCCGACGGCCGUUUCGUCCAGGUGUCGAGCGACACUCGGGUCUUCGCGGUCUUCCGGGGUCUCUUGAUGGGCCGGUCGUGGUCACUGUUCUUUUGCCGAGAUCUUCUGGAGGAGGCCUGGCGCAAGUGCCUCCUGAGCCUGGGGCGCGAUGACGGCGGCCGCCUGGUGCACGAGCGGCGCCCCGCGCCCUUGCUGGCGCCCGGCCGCCCGCUGCCCCAGCCCUACGUCGACGACGCCAACGUCAUCGGCUUCAACCGCAGGGACAUCGCGCAGCGCUUGGACGAGCGAGCCCCCCUGGGCCGCCGCCUGCUGGACGAGCUCCGAGCGGUGAAGGGCCUGCUGCUGCUUGCCGACGUGGACCUCGCCGCCCCCUGGUCGCGCGUAGUCUACUGCAGCGACGCGUCAGGCGGCGAGCUGCGCGGCUGGACAGGCUGGCCCUUCGCCGUCGCGGGGAACGGCGGCCACGCCCUCCACGAGAUGGCUUGCGCCGACUACGAAGUCGCGCAGGCCUUCAAGUACCGCGAGCGCUGGAGGUUCAAGAUGGAGGGGGAGGAGCUGGUCGCGCCGGGGGCCCCGAGUGACGGGAUCCGCGGCUGGGCCCCUGAGCCCGCGGCCACCUCCGACCUGCUCAUCGCCGGCCUCCUGGCGCCCUGCGCCAAGCCGUCGGCCCGGGCCUGGCGCCUCUAUCUUGGUCUGAAGCACCUGCUGCGUGUGCGCCGUGCGUCUGGCCGUGCCCUACGUGUCGUGUAUGGCCACCUGGUCAACCACUUCGUGAUCGCGCGGCCGGCGCUCUCGGCGUUGGAUGAGGGGCGCCGCUUCAUCGCGCAGCGCUUGGACGAGCGAGCCCCCCUGGGCCGCCGCCUGCUGGACGAGCUCCGAGCGGUGAAGGGCCUGCUGCUGCUUGCCGACGUGGACCUCGCCGCCCCCUGGUCGCGCGUAGUCUACUGCAGCGACGCGUCAGGCGGCGAGCUGCGCGGCUGGACAGGCUGGCCCUUCGCCGUCGCGGGGAACGGCGGCCACGCCCUCCACGAGAUGGCUUGCGCCGACUACGAAGUCGCGCAGGCCUUCAAGUACCGCGAGCGCUGGAGGUUCAAGAUGGAGGGGGAGGAGCUGGUCGCGCCGGGGGCCCCGAGUGACGGGAUCCGCGGCUGGGCCCCUGAGCCCGCGGCCACCUCCGACCUGCUCAUCGCCGGCCUCCUGGCGCCCUGCGCCAAGCCGUCGGUGAUCGCCCGGCGCCUCCCUCGCACGAGGACCGUCGUCGCGCAGGGUGCCGCGCCAGCCCUGGACGACGCCCUCCUUGUCCGCAGCCGCUGGAAGAUGAUCGUGCGGGGCCUCGUCCGCGCCUCGCGUGACCCCCGCAUGCACGGCCUCCGCAUCGGCAGCUCGGGCGACAACAUGGCGGCGCUCCUCAGCUUCGAGAAGGAGCGCGCCCGGGACAAGGCCCUCCUCCAGCUCUGCCGAGUCAGCGCCGCCCGGCAGAUCGGGUGCGAGAUCCAGUGGAAGCAGCGCCACUGCGAGUCAGGCCGCAACCCGACGGAUGCCGACAGCCGUGCAGCCGACCUGGGACACGUUCUAUCUGACCACCCUCAGCGUGGCUGCCAGCGCGCCCUGGCCAGCAUCGAGUCGGCCAACGCAGGGUUUGCGGCGGAGCCUCCGGGGCCUCCCGCCCGUGUGCGCCGCCCUGCGCCCAUCGAGCCGGCCGCCGGCCUCUCGCCCGGCGAGGCAGCUGCGCGCCUGGCUCGGGUAGGCGCCUUCGCGCGGCGGAGGCGCCUCGUCGGGACCGCAGCCGUCGCCGGGCAUUUUGCGAGCUCUGCGCGGGCGCCGGCAGCUGGGUCCGAGCUCUUCAGCUGGGGCCCCCUCAUGGACUUCCUGAAGGCCUCAGGGAGCCACAGCCACGAGAUCCUCCAGGGCAAGGCGUCCCUCACCUCGCCCUCGGGGGCCAUCCGCAGCCAUUGGAAGACCAGCCUUGCGGGGGCCUGCCCACCUAAGCGCCGGGCCGGGGCGCGCGCGGCCGAGAGCGUCGGGGCGCGCCGGCGCGAGCGGGCAGUCGGAGCGGACAGGCCCUACCUCAAACACCAGCGCGUCCAGCCCCGCGCCGUCUCCUUGCGCCGCGAGGCCCACCGCAAGUUCAGCCAGUGGGCGUCCGAGCAGCACCUCCGCCGGGUGUCCAUGGACGAGACCGACCUGGCCAUGACAAGGUACCUCGACCACCUGUACUUCCAAGGGCUCAGCAUCGCCCACGCCAGGAACGCCGUCCACGGGGCGAUCUUCGUGAAGGAUUACCCGCGAAGGUCGCCGACCACCAUGUACCGUGCCAAGGACGCCCUGGCCGGAUGGUUCAAAGCAGGGCCCGAUCGAGUCAGAGAUCCUCUGCCGUGGGAGGCAGCGGCGUUGAUCGCCGACGACCUCGCCGAGAGAGACCGCGAGGGGGUCGCCGCCACUGGGGCCCUGCUCGUCAGCUUCGACGGGUACAUCAGGCCGAGCAACACCCUGGCCAUCACGAGCCGCGAGGUGAGCCAGCGCCAGGCCCGGUCCAACCCCAACUACCCGAGCCUCGUGGUCACGAUCGCGCCUCAGGCCGACGACCAUGGUCAGCAGCCUGCCCCGUCGACCAAGUCGGGGGACCACGACUGCACCAUCGUCUUCGGCGACCAAGCCAGUCUGAAGGCCAACAGGGGCAUCUGCCGCGACGCCCUGCUCUGGGCCUCUCGCAGGCCCGACGCGGCAGGCCCCUCUUCGACAUCAGCCUCGCAAGGUACGAGCAACUCUUCAACCAAGCCGUGGCGGACGUGAAGCUGGGCUCUCUCAAAGCCACGCCGCACUGUGCAAGACGCGGGGGCCCGAGCAUCGACG